UACUGUUUUUGUAGGUGAAUGGAAAACUAGUGUUUCUUCCCUAUCGGACCGCACAGUUUGAAAUAGCUUUAAGUGGGACGUAUGUUCGGUUGGAAACCAGGUGUGGUCUGGUGGUGCAGUUUGACGGUGCCUCUAGCGCCAUCGUCCAAGUACCUAAUGUGUACGGGAACGACCUAACUGGGAUCUGUGGUAAUUGUAACAAUAACCCAAACGAUGACCAGAAAGACUAUUCACGGUACGAGGUCGUGGAUGACUCUGAUCUACAACUUCAACAUUGCAAAAAAGUAGAAGAUUUCCACCCUUGUGCACAGAACCCAACGUUUAAGACGGAGGGAGAAACAACGUCCGUCUGUAGGGUCAUGGACCCAACAAGUACUACACAAAGUGCCUUCAGCGAGUGUUUCAAAAGUUUUAGAGAAACCGCUGGACUUCUAUUUAGUUCUUGUGUGUAUGAUUACUGCGCGUUCAGGGUUGACAACGCGGAAGGGAAAACUCUCGAGAAGGUGCUCUGUGAUGACGUCAGUGACCUUUCCUACCUGUGUGCAAUGGGAGGUAUCACAGUCAAAUGGAGAACGUCGACGCUCUGUCCGUUACCGUGUGGACCAAACUCGCACUACAGUGCUGAUAUGUCAGCUUGUCCUGCCACGUGUGUGGACAGGGAAGCCCCCAGCAAAUGCACUGGGAACGCAGUUGAGGGGUGUGAAUGUGAUACAGGGUAUGUUCUCAGUAACCAACGCUGUGUUCGCGUGGCCGAAUGUGGUUGUACUGACGACGACGGGCAAUACUACCCGUUGGGAACUAAAUUCGUCUCCAAGGACUGUUCAGUAGUGAGACAAUGUACAGCAGUAGGUAACGAGAUGAAGAUUGUUGUCAAGGAAACGAGGGACCCAUGUGGUACUAACGCUGAGUGUAAACUCCAGGAUGGUCAAUACACGUGUGUAUGUAAGGCACGACACAAGGGGGACCCCCUGAAGGGUUGUACAGAAAUUACCUGUGGAACCAAUGCCCACUACGUCAAAAAGGUGACUGCCUGUCCGGCCUCAUGUCAGGAUCCUACAGCCCCCAGCAGUUGUCAGAAACCCAUGGCAGAAGGCUGUGCCUGUGACAAGGGAUUUGUGAGGAAUGAUGGACAAUGUAUACGUGUUCAGGAAUGUGGAUGUAAAGAUGAUGAUGGAACUCAAUAUCAGGAUGGUGCAGAGUUUAUUUCAAGCGAUUGUUCGGUAGUUAGACAAUGUACAGCAGUAGGUAACGAGAUGAAGAUUGUUGUCAAGGAAACGAGGGAAACAUGUGGUACUAACGCUGAGUGUAAACUUGAGGGUGGUCAAGACACGUGUGUAUGUAAGGCACGACACACAGGAGAUCCUCUGAAGGCUUGUACAGUACCUGAAACGUGUGGGAAGUUUCCAAAGUGUCACCCCAGCGCCGUGUGUGUUGACAAUGACCAUUGUGAAUGUAAAGCUCCCAACCAGGGUGACGGCAUCAAAGGAUGUUACCCUGUGUGUUGGUGUCAGGCAUCCGGGGACCCUCAUUACAUAAUGUUUGAUGGACAGCGUGUCAAUUUCAUGGGUACCUGUAAGUACACUCUGUCCCAGUACCAAAAGGUGGGAGACACAUGUUCGUACGCUGUGGAGGUGAAGAACGAGCAUAGAAGUGGAUAUACACACGUGUCCUACACGCGUCUGGUUGACAUCAGAGUUUUUGACACAACCAUUAGGCUUCACUUACAGAAACGUGUCUACGUGAAUGGAAAACUAGUGUUUCUUCCCUAUCGGACCGCACAGUUUGAAAUAGCUUUAAGUGGGACGUAUGUUCGGUUGGAAACCAGGUGUGGUCUGGUGGUGCAGUUUGACGGUGCCUCUAGCGCCAUCGUCCAAGUACCUAAUGUGUAUGGGAACGACCUAACUGGGAUCUGUGGUAAUUGUAACAAUAACCCAAACGAUGACCAGAAAGACUAUUCACGGUACGAGGUCGUGGAUGACUCUGAUCUACAACUUCAACAUUGCAAAAAAGUAGAAGAUUUCCACCCUUGUGCACAGAACCCAACGUUUAAGACGGAGGGAGAAACAACGUCCGUCUGUAGAGUCAUGGACCCAACAAGUACUACACAAAGUGCCUUCAGCGAGUGUUUCAAAAGUUAUAGAGAAACCGCUGGACUUCUAUUUAGUUCUUGUGUGUAUGAUUACUGUGCGUUCAGGGUUGACAACACGGAAGGGAAAACUCUCGAGAAGGUGCUCUGUGAUGACGUCAGUGACCUUUCCUACCUGUGUGCAAUGGGAGGUAUCACAGUCAAAUGGAGGACGUCGACGCUCUGUCCAUUACCGUGUGGACCAAACUCGCACUACAGUGCUGAUAUGUCAGCUUGUCCUGCCACGUGUGUGGACAGGGAAGCCCCCAGCAAAUGCACUGGGAACGCAGUUGAGGGGUGUGAAUGUGAUACAGGGUAUGUUCUCAGUAACCAACGCUGUGUUCGCGUGGCCGAAUGUGGUUGUACUGACGACGACGGGCAAUACUACCCGUUGGGAACUAAAUUCGUCUCCAAGGACUGUUCAGUAGUGAGACAAUGUACAGCAGUAGGUAACGAGAUGAAGAUUGUUGUCAAGGAAACGAGGGACCCAUGUGGUACUAACGCUGAGUGUAAACUCCAGGAUGGUCAAUACACGUGUGUAUGUAAGGCACGACACAAGGGGGACCCCCUGAAGGGUUGUACAGAAAUUACCUGUGGAACCAAUGCCCACUACGUCAAAAAGGUGACUGCCUGUCCGGCCUCAUGUCAGGAUCCUACAGCCCCCAGCAGUUGUCAGAAACCCAUGGCAGAAGGCUGUGCCUGUGACAAGGGAUUUGUGAGGAAUGAUGGACAAUGUAUACGUGUUCAGGAAUGUGGAUGUAAAGAUGAUGAUGGAACUCAAUAUCAGGAUGGUGCAGAGUUUAUUUCAAGCGAUUGUUCGGUAGUUAGACAAUGUACAGCAGUAGGUAACGAGAUGAAGAUUGUUGUCAAGGAAACGAGGGAACCAUGUGGUACUAACGCUGAGUGUAAACUUGAGGGUGGUCAAUACACGUGUGUAUGUAAGGCACGACACACAGGAGAUCCUCUGAAGGCGUGUACAGCGCCGAGGGAAUGUCGGAAGAAAUUGGAGGGCGCGGACUAUCAAGGAGAGGUAUCACAAACAGUAACUGGGAAAACUUGCCGAACUUGGAACACUAUGAAAGCACGCAGAUAUGCGAUUCUUGGUGCGCACAACGGUUGUCGAAAUCCAAAUAGUGAACAAAAGGCGCCAUGGUGUUUCGUUAAAACUGGAAAUGACUGGGAAUAUUGUGACAUACCUAUGUGUGAUGGGAAAAAGCCUGGAUGCAUUGCAACAACUACAGUGUCUUGUUCGAGUCAAAAUGGUAAUUCCAAACGAUGUAAGAAAGAGGGAGUGCGGCGUGUCACUUGGAUCGAUCAGGUGGACGACCCGAAAUGUGUGUUCGGCCUCACCUAUGGAAGAGAAAAGGACGAAGUUUGGGUCAAUGGCGGAUGUGGAGGCACCUUUAAAAUAUGCUAUAUGCCAGAAAGAAAUUCGUAUAAGCCGAUACCAACUCCUAAUACAGAAUGCAAGAAGACGAGGAAGGGCACUGAAUAUAAGGGCACAUGGGGCAUCACAGCUUCCGGACGUCUGUGUCAGUCCUGGUCCUCGCAAUACCCACAGGCCAACAAGUUUUACAAAAAGCUGUCACGACAGGCAAAUUACUGCAGAAACCCUAAUCCUGUCGCCCGUAAACGACCCUGGUGCUUUGUUGACGACCCAAAAUCCAAAACAAAAUGGGAAUAUUGUGAUAUUCUCUAUUGUUGAGAACACGACAAGUUGUUAUUCGGCGACAGGAACGGACUGCUUAUUUCCUGAUUUUUAUUUGUAAUGAACCAAAAUAUAUUAAAGAAUUCGUGAGCAAAUUUAAAAAA